AGGCUUUUCCGUCGAGACUCCCAUAGCGUGGAGUGUGUACGGUGUUGGACUCUAUACCUGUCGGCAGCAUGAAGGGGUCUUGUUUCGUAGAGGCUUCUCUUCUGGCGUCCGUGUUGGUCUUAGCCAGUGGUUAUGACUACAAGACCUACUUCUAUACGACGAAGGUGGACCAUUUCGGUUACGCAAAUAAUGACACCUACGAAAUGCGGUACCUGAUUGGUGACCAGCACUGGAAUGCCACCGUCGGGGGCCCCAUCUUUUUCUACACAGGCAAUGAAGGAGGCAUCGAGGACUUCGCCCAAAAUGCGGGUCUGAUGUGGGACUGGGCUCCCGAAUUCGGGGCCCUCCUGGUUUUCGCUGAGCACCGUUACUACGGAAAGUCUCAGCCUUACGGAUCGCGGUCGUACGAGGAUCGAGACCAUCUUGGAUAUCUGACAGCCGAACAGGCUCUCGCAGAUUACGCCGAUCUGCUCCAGUAUCUCAAGGCCACGAUUCCAGGAACUGCCCGGAGUCCCGUAGUGUCCUUUGGCGGUUCUUACGGUGGCAUGCUCGCUGCGUGGUUCAGGAUGAAGUAUCCACACGUCACUGUGGCAGCAUUGGCAGCCAGUGCUCCGGUGUUGCAGUUUCAAGGACUGACCCCCUGCGAGGUCUACAACAAGAUCGUGACCAAGUCCUUCAGAAGGGCGUCCGACAGCUGCGUCUCGGCCAUACGAAAGUCGUGGACUGUUAUGAAGGACAUGGCUUCUACAGAUGCAGGUGCUGAAAAGCUGGGCGCGGCCUUCCAGCUAUGCAACGUCCUAACUCCUAACAACUACACAGUGUUCCGAGAUUGGGUGUAUCAGAUUUACGGCAAUCUCGCCAUGACCAACUAUCCUUACCCCACCAAUUUCCUCAAUCCCGUGCCUGCGUAUCCUGUCGAGGCUGCCUGCAAGUUCCUGGAGGGUGACUACUACAGCAACGACACCCUUGUGCAAGGUAUCUUCCGGGCCAUCAGUGUCUUCACAAACUAUACGGGAAAUGUCAAUUGCAAUGACGCCAGUGGAAAUACCGAUAAGCUGGGUGCCGAUGCCGGAUGGGAUUUCCAAUCAUGCACGGAGAUGGUGAUGCCUAUGUGCUCGGACGGCGUCCAGGACAUGUUCUUCCCUGCCCCCUGGAACGUGUCUGCCUACACCCAGAGAUGUCAGCAGAAAUAUGGAGUCACUCCAGAGGUCAAUAAGAUACUCAUCACGUACGGAGGAAGGGACGUCAAAGCUGCUUCAAACAUCAUCUUCAGUAACGGCGACAUGGACCCGUGGUCUGGGGGUGGAUUCCUGAGCUCUGUUUCUGACUCCCUGGUAGCCCUUCUGGUUGAAGGUGGUGCCCACCACUACGAUCUGAGAGCGGCUCACGCAAACGACACAGACUCCGUCCGAUUCGUCAGGGCAAUGGAGAAGAAAUAUAUUAGCCUGUGGCUCGACCAGCACGAACAAGAAACACGAUAGCGAUAAACAAAAGUGGAUAUUGACUAGCGACGAUGGACCCGCUAUCACGAUUGCCGAAAUGGAUUUUUGGAAUCGUUACGAUAAAUUUGUAUUUUUUGUUGUCA